GUUGAGAGAGUUUAAAUGCAAUAAAUAAAUACAGCCAACGUGUAUGGAAUCAGUCUUCGCGUUAUUUCCACAGCACAGGGUUGGGAAACUGAUGGCAUGAAAGAAGCAAUUCUCCAAAAACUUGGUCUAACAGAGUUCCCUAGGAUUGAGAAGAGGGAUUUGGAAAACCUGGUCAUCCCGACUUACGUCAAGAACAAGUAUGUAUCCAUGCUGAAGAAACACAACAAGAGAAGGCGACGAUCUCUACCAAGUCUGGCCGGAAUUCUCAGAAGCAGCCAUGCUGGCAUAGACAUACCUGGAGAAAUGAAGUACUCUGACAGAACCCGCCAGCACUUUGUAUUUGACAUGGAAUCCAGGCUGCAGGAAAACAGCGAGGUCACCAUGGCAGAGCUUAGACUUUACCAGACAGCUCCACUACAUCAGCUCACAUCUGAGAAAAAGAAACAGAGGCCUGUCAAUAAUGCCCGAGUGAGCAUUUACUGGGUGGGAGGCAAGAGCGAUGGAUCCAAUCAAACAGCACUGAUAGACUCAAGGUUGGUGCCGCUACAUGAGGCUGGCUGGAGGAACUUUGACGUGACACAAGCUGUACAUUACUGGUCAAAGUCCCAAAAGAAAUCUCCAAUGCAUUUGGAAGUUUGGAUUGAGGGAGAGAGGCCUGGCAAACAUGCAGCUGAAAUGGCAAAAAGAGUGCGCUUCACCACACAACACAAUCCGGAAAACACCCUCACCAAAAGUGCUGGGACACCUGAGCUUGUUUUAUACACGCUAAAUUUGGAAGAAUAUGGGUCUCCAGGAGACUGCAGACAGGGCGCAGACAAUGUGAUGUGCUGUCGGGAGGAGCACUACAUAGACUUCAGGGAGCUAACCUGGACGCAAUACUGGAUCAUUGAGCCUGCUGGAUACCAAGCCUUUCAAUGCCAAGGAGGGUGCAAGCAGCCCAAGCGCAGUUACGGCUACGGGCAGAGAACCUGCAGGGUUGCACAGACAGCACCACUGCCAGUCAUGUACCUGGUGAAGAAAGGAGAGCACACAGCAAUCGAGGUGGCUGAAUUCCCAAACAUGAUUGUUGAAAAGUGUGGAUGCUCCAUGGACAAACUCUUUACGGCUUAAGAUACGGCAACACUCGACAGUUCACCCAAGCACUUAAAAGACUUUAUGUAUAUUAUAAUCUUGAAAUGCUGUUAAUUUGUUUUUCUCUAUAAAAUGUUAUAUGUGUGAUUCACUUAUAUUUUUUUA